AUGGAUGAGCUCAAGGAGCUGAAGAAGCAAGAAAAGCAGUUGCAUGGAUCCAUCAAGGCUUUGGCGCGUUUCGUCGAAAGAUUCCAGAGGGAUAGGCAGGAAAACCAAAUCGAUGUUCGGCUAGAGACUCUGGAGAACGCUAUGCGUAAAUUCUACACCGUUCGCCGAAAAAUAGAACUGGUCAUCGAGGAGGAGGAUGAAAAACCUGAAGUGAAAGGUUCCGUCGAGGACCGAGCGCUGCGAAUGGAGGCGCUAGCAGUGAAACGUGAAGACGAGUUCGAUGAAGCUAUACGUGUUGUUGAGGAGCAAUAUUACGAAAUAAAGUCAGCUUUGAUUGCAUUGCGUCCGAAGAAAGUCGAUCCUAUUAGGCAGCCAAAUGCAGUUGAUAAUGCAAUUGCUGAUCAGCCAGUUUCCCGAGUAAAACUCCCAGACAUCAAGCUUCCGUCAUUCAAUGGGAAAAUCAAGGAUUGGACAAGCUUUCGCGAUACUUUUCGCAGUCUGAUCCACAACAAUCGACAAUUGACAGACAUUGACAAGUUCACAUAUUUGCGAUCAUCGGUUUCAGGCGAAGCAUUCCAGGAGAUAAACUCGGUUGACCUGUCGGCCGAUAACUAUGAGGUGGCCUGGAAGGUGUUGGAGAAAAGGUACGAGAACAAGAAACUGAUCGUCAAGGCCCAUCUGGAUGCGCUUUUUGCUAUUGAACCAAUGAGGAAAGAAAACUGCGAGUCACUAAAUCACCUGAUCAGUGAAUUUGACAAGAAUCUGCUUAUGUUACAGAAAAUUGGAGAGCAAACAGAUAAUUGGUCGACUAUUCUCGCACAUAUGAUGUACACUCGUUUGGAUUCGAUGACUCUUCGACAGUGGGAGUCACACCAUAACUCCAAGGACGUUCCCAAGUAUGAGAGUUUGAUGGAGUUCCUGAGGGACCAAUGCUCGGUUCUUCAGUCUAUUGCUCCUAAUAAAUCCAACGACGGUGAAGGAAGACGACCAAGGUUAUCCGUCACGCAUACUUCGUUGCAAUAUCAACGCCGGUGCUUAUUUUGUGGUGAAUCGUUCCAUUUACCUUUCAAGUGCAACAAACUACAAGGAAUGUCCAUAGCUCAACGUGUUGAAGAGGUCCACAAAAAGCGUCUGUGUAGAAACUGCUUGACGGUGGGUCAUUUCGCUGAAGGCUGUACUAGAGGCUGUUGCAACCGCUGUGGUAAACGACAUCAUACUAUGCUUCAUUUCGAGAGUUCAGCAUAUGUUGUUCGCCAGUCUAAGCCCUCCCAUCCACAAGCUAAUCCUCCCUCCGUCCCACAGCCGCCUGUUCGGACACAAGUAACAAACCAACAACAACAAAACCACAGCCGCUCGAAAUCGCAAAACCAGACACAAACAUCACUCACUCAGCCAGACGCACAAGCACAACCAACAACUUCAUACCCCGUGAUCCAAUCUCGCUCACAACACACUCACCCACAACCCCCCGCACAACAAAACACAGUCGCGUUUAAAGCCGUGGAACUCCCACGCUCCAAUUUUGAACCAACAAUUCGUCAAGUGCUGAUGUCAACAGCAAUCGUUCGAGUCAUAGAUCAGCGGGGAAAUACUGCGUUCGCCAGAACACUGCUGGAUUCAUGUUCGGAGUUUUGUUACAUAACCAGCAGCUUUACCAAGAAGUUGAAGUGCCGCGAAACUCCUGAUUUUCUGAAGGUGCAAGGAAUUGGUAACAGCAGCAUAAUGUCGACCAAGUUUGUGGAGGCUAACGUUCAACCAAGAAGCCCGUCUGUAUCGUCGUAUGAAGCAAAAAUGCAGUUCCACGUGUUGCCGAGAAUCUCACCAACACUUCCGCUCAAGCCAGUUCAGGCCGAUCUGCUGAAGUUUCCUGCGCAGCUGUUGUUGGCGGAUCCAAGAUUCUGGGAGCCCAGUCCGAUCGAUAUGAUAAUUGGAGCGGAAUUCUACUUCGACCUACUGUUGCAAGGAAAGCAGAAAGUGUCUGAAGAUGGUCCAACGUUACAAGAGACAGUAUUCGGUUGGGUAGUGUCAGGGAAGGUUCCAAAUCGGUCAAAUAGUAUACCCACAACGACAAGCUACGUCAGCUCAACUAUUGACCUCCAGGAAAUGAUCGCAAAGUUUUGGGAACUGGAGACAUGCCAUGUGAAUAGAACUCACUCUGUUGAGGAGACAGCUUGCGAAGAUCUGUUCAACAAAACGACGUUUCGCGAUCAAAAUGGCAAGUUCGUGGUGACUCUCCCCAAGAAAGAACAUGUAAUCGAACGGUUGGGAGAAUCUCGCAAUAUUGCUAUGAAACGGUUCAUCGGACUGGAGAAGCGUUUUAGUAUCAACUCGGCUCUGAAGGCGAUGUACAAAGAAUUCAUCCACGAGUACAUCCUGAUGGGCCAUAUGAAGGAGGUAAAUGCGGAGCAAAGCUGCACCGAUCCUGUGUAUUAUAUGCCGCACCAUGCAGUAUUGCGACCCGACAGUACAACUACCAAGCUGCGAGUUGUUUUUGACGCAUCGUGCCGCACUUCGACUGGAGUCUCACUUAAUGAUGCACUGAUGGUGGGACCAGUUGUCCAGGACGAUCUGAUGAGCACUAUUCUACGAUUCCGUCGUCAUCGCAUCGCAGUCAUUGCUGACGUUGCUAAAAUGUAUAGGAUGGUUCAGGUCCAAGAGGUAGACAAACAUCUGCAACGCAUCCUUUGGCGAGACACGCCGGAAGAACCGAUCAAAACUUUCGAACUGCAAACCGUCACCUACGGCACCGCCAGUGCACCAUAUCUAGCUACGAGAUGUUUGAAGAAGCUUGGAGAAGACAGUGUAUCGACACAUCCGAUCGCAGCUCGAGUUGUACAGGAGGAUUUUUAUGUCGACGAUAUGUUGUCGGGAGCCGACAGCACUUCCGAAGCAAAAAUGUUGGUGACUGAGGUCAUGCAGCUAACCGACUCGGCUGGAUUCAUUUUAAGGAAGUGGAACUCUAAUUCUACAGCGCUUCUGUCAAACCUUCCAAGGCAUCUAUGCGAUGAACGCUCUGUAUUAGAGUUAGAUUCGUCGACCUCAACUGUGAAGACAUUGGGGCUUCGCUGGGAUACGAGUACAGAUGAAUUCUGCUUCACUUUCCCAGAAUGGAGGUCAAGCUCAACGGCAAUCACUAAGCGCAGCAUUCACUCCGACGCUGCGUGCUUAUUCGACCCGCUAGGAUUAGUAGGUCCUGUGGUGGUGCAAGCAAAGAUAUUUAUUCAAAAGCUGUGGUUGCUGAAAUGUGACUGGGACGAGCCACUGAAUGAAUCGCUACAAAAUUUAUGGAAUGAAUACAAGCAGAAUUUGAUGGCGUUAGAGUCAUUAGUAAUUCCCCGGUGGAUUGGAUUUAGCAAAGAGUGUUUGUCAGUUCAGCUACAUGGUUUUUGUGACGCUUCAGAAGUUGCAUAUGGUGCCUGCUUGUAUCUUCGUUGCAUCUCAUCCGACGGUACCAUCUCCGUUCGGUUGAUCAUGUCAAAGUCGAGGGUGGCCCCUCUAGAAAAUCUCAAGCGGAAAAAGAAGAAAAUGACUAUCCCGCGGCUGGAGCUGUCCUCGGCUCUCUUGCUGAGUCAUUUAUAUGAGAAGUACAACCAAGUUCACUCUGGGCUUGAUGCGUAUUUCUGGACUGAUUCGAUGAUAGUAAAGCAUUGGUUGGAAUCGUCACCUUCUCGCUGGCAGGUCUUCGUAGCGAAUCGGGUAUCGGAGAUCCAGCACCUUACCAAAGAUGGAGUAUGGGGUCACGUAGCAGGGAUCGAGAAUCCUGCUGACUUGAUAUCUCGUGGAAUGUCACCGGCUCAGCUCCAGUAUCAAACACUCUGGUUUGAAGGUCCGAUUUGGUUAUCUCAAGAACAAGGUUUCUGGCGACGUUCAGAAGAGGUACUCACGGAGAAGUUUGAUUCAUCGUUGUUAGAAGAACGUUCGUCAGUAGCACUUCCGGCACAAGCGCUACCUCCCAGUGAGAUAUUUGCAUUGCGAUCCUCGUUUUCGGACCUAGUAAGGCUCGUAGCAUACCUUCUUCGGUUCAAGCACAACGCGCAGUGCAGCAAUAAACAGUCCAGGAGAAUUGGAUUCCUUUCCCUCCAGGAACAGGAGGACGCUACGUUAAAUUUGGUUCGUGUAUCCCAGCAAGAAAGCUUCUCAGCAGAAUUGCAAGAUCUUGCGAAGCAAGGUCACGUGAGAGAUUCGUCUUCAAUAAUAUCACUCAACCCUCAACUAAUCGACGGCGUGAUGCGCGUCGGCGGCCGGCUUGCUAAGGCAUUCAUGUCACAAGAGCGAAAACACCCGUACAUCCUACACCACAGCCAUCCGCUAGCAACGAUGAUCGUCAGGUACUACCACCAAAGGCUGUUUCAUGCGGGACAGCAAUUACUCAUCUCGUCAGUGCGGGGCAAGUUCUGGCCAGUUCACAUCCACAGUUUGGCGAGGAAGGUGAUUCACGACUGCAUUCCGUGUUUCAGAAACAAACCAAAAAUCUCUGAGCAAAUUAUGGCAGACCUUCCUUCGACAAGAGUCAACCCCGCGCCACCAUUCCUGAAGGUCGGAGUAGACUACUGCGGUCCUUUCCAGAUUAGUUAUCCAAAUCGACGAGCGCGUCCUGUAAAAUGCUAUGUGGCGAUAUUUGUUUGCCUAGUCGUGAAGGCUGUCCAUUUGGAGUUGGUUUCGGACCUAACAACGCAAGCGUUUCUAGCGGCACUGAAACGUUUCGCUGCUCGGCGCGGCAGGCCUCAACUGAUAAUGUGUGACAAUGCAACAACAUUUGUCGGAGCUAAACGUGAGCUCACAGAGCUGCAUCGACUCUUCCACAGUCAACAAUUCCAGGAAACUAUAGUCAAGGACACGAGCGAUGACGGCAUCGAGUUUCGUUUCAUCCCCCCACGCACACCAAACUUCGGCGGCCUGUGGGAAGCGCAGGUCAAAAGUUUCAAGAGUCAUUUUCGGAAAACAAUAGGAAUCAGAGUGCUAAACGUAGAUGAAAUGACUACUGCAUUGACGAAGAUAGAAGCGGUUUUGAACUCCCGACCACUCACGCCGGUCAGUAGUGACCCCACCGAUUAUGAAGCAUUGACGCCUGGUCACUUCCUGGUGCAGCGUCCACUAACAGCUAUCCCAGAGCCAGAUUUGCAGGAAGUACCAAGCAACCGCUUGACCAUAUGGCAGAGAGCCCAAUGUUUAACACAGCAGAUUUGGAAGAAGUGGUCUACGCAGUAUCUCUCUGAUCUACACAACCGCACAAAGUGGACCAAAGAACGAAAUAAUAUCUCAAUUGGUUCAAUGGUCCUACUUAAAGAAGAAAACGCACCCCCUCUGAAAUGGCAUUUGGGUAGGGUCAUCAAAAUAUUUAGCGGUUCUGAUGGCAACAUUCGCGUUGUCACCAUACGCACUAAAGACGGAUGCUUCGAUAGAGGAAUCUCGAAGGUCUGUCCGCUUCCCAUCCGGGACAACGAAUCAGUUCGGUUGGCAAUGAGCUUGGCCAGCUCAUCACAUCGAUCGACAUUCCUAAGGCAAGGAAACAAGGGUGGUCACUCGACCACAAUCGCAUCUACGCAGCUGGAUAACUACGACCCAGGUUCACACUCUACGGAGAAUUCUCAGGCGCCAGCAUUGCCUGGGUCGGAGCCCCCUGUGUAUCAUCGGUCGACAGGACCAUCCAACGCGAAAGUGGUAGCCGACUGCUGCCCAGUAUGCAAGGGAAACUGCAAAUUGAUCGCCAAAUGUAAGCGUUUCUUAGAGUUCUCUCUUGAUUCACGCUGGGCAACCGUUCGAGGCUUAGGGCUAUGUCGCAGAUGUCUACGUCAGCACAAAGGAGGAUGUCAAGCCAAGUUGUGCGGAAAAAAUGGUUGCCAGCUCAAACACCACGAAAUGCUGCACAAUGGCCAGAAGUGUGCACCAUCGACUUCGACCGCCACUGCGAGUGUCAUAAACAUACCAACUCCACGCAACGAUUCUUCUCCACCAAAAUCUAGUUCAUGCCAUACACAUCAGGUCCCCUUUAGUAAGGUUUUGUUCCGAUACAUACCAGCCGUGCUUCAUGGGAAGCAUAGGUCGAUUCAGACGUUCGCCUGCCGGGAUGACGGAUCGGAACUCACAUUACUCGACAGCGAAUUGGCUGGUGAGUUGCAGCUUGAAGGGGAAACAAUGCCGUUAUGCUUACUUUGGACGAGCGGAACGAAACGUCGUGAAGAAUGUUCGAGGAACGUUAGGCUAGAAGUGGCCGCGGAACACAACCGUUCUAGGAAGUACAGUCUGAAUGGGGUACGUACUGUGAAGGAGCUGCUUCUUCCACCACAAAUACUAAACAAGGAAGAACUAUGUGAACAGUAUGCGCAUCUCAAUGAUCUGCCGAUCACAUCAUAUCAAAAUGUUCGCCCAAGGAUUAUGAUCGGAAUCAAGGAUCAACACCUGAGUUUAGUUCAGAAGAGUCGCGAAGGAGCCCUACACCAGCCCGUCGCUGUGAAAACUCGUCUGGGAUGGACAGUGUGCGGAGGAAAUCUAGAAAACACUGCGGAACACUCGUUUACCCAGUUUUCCACGUGUGCGAUCACGAAUCUUCGUCAGAACUGGACCUACACAAAGCAAUGA